AUGGCGGCGGCGGGGCUGGGCCGGGGCCCGCUCUUGCUGCGCUGCCGCUCCUGGCGCGGCUUCGCCUCUCAGACGGACGGGGAGUCGCGGCUGGCGCGGGUGCUGCGGGAGAAGUUCCCGCGGGCAUCGGCCAUCAAGGUGGUGGAUAUCUCAGGAGGCUGCGGCGCCAUGUACGAGAUUCACAUCGAGUCAGAGGAGUUCCGGGAGAAGCGCACGGUGCAGCAGCACCAGAUGGUGAACCAGGCCCUGAGCGAGGAGAUCAAGCACAUGCACGGCCUUCGCAUCUUCACCUCAGCCCCCAAGCCCUGAGGCUGCUCCCAGCACCAAUAAAGAGUUCCAGGAGGGGCCCAUGGCUGUCCCCCUGGGGGUGAAUCCCA